AUGCUCGGAGAGCUUGAUUUCCGAGAGGAGCAGCAGAACCUGGACGUUUACAGAGAUUUCCUCGAUGAGAAUGGCUUGACGGCCAUCGCCGUCGCACCGAAGCCCUACCCAGAAGCUUCGUCCAAGCGCGUGCUGACAAUGGAGCGCCUUUCCGGCGUGCCUUUGGUGGACCUGGAGGGGAUCAA